CAGGCGCACCCUGGCCGACAUCAUCAUGGAGAAGCUGACGGAGAAGCAGACGGAGGUGGCGUCGGCGCUGUCGGAGGCGGGGGGCUGCCCCCUGCCCCAGCUCGACCCCCGCGUGCUGGAGGUCUAUCGGGGCGUGCGGGAGGUCCUGUCCAAAUACCGGAGUGGCAAACUUCCCAAGGCCUUUAAAAUCAUUCCUGCCUUAUCCAACUGGGAACAGAUCCUCUAUAUCACGGAGCCGGAGACGUGGACGGCAGCUGCCAUGUACCAGGCAACGAGGAUAUUUUCAUCCAACCUGAAAGAAAGGAUGGCCCAGAGGUUCUACAACCUGGUGCUGCUGCCUCGGGUCAGGGACGACAUUGCCGAGUACAAGCGCCUCAACUUCCACCUCUACAUGGCUUUGAAGAAGGCCUUGUUCAAGCCGGGGGCCUGGUUCAAAGGGAUCCUCAUCCCGCUGUGCGAGUCGGGCACGUGCACCCUGCGCGAGGCCAUCAUCGUGGGCAGCAUCCUCGCCAAGUGCUCCAUCCCCGUCCUUCACGCCAGCGCUGCCAUGCUGAAGAUCGCCGAGCUGCAGUACAGCGGCGCCAACAGCAUCUUCCUGCGCCUGCUCGUYGACAAGAAGUACGCGCUGCCCUUCCGCGUGGUGGAUGCGCUCGUCUUCCACUUCCUGGCCUUCCGCACGGAGCAGCGCGUCCUGCCCGUGCUCUGGCACCAGAGCUUCCUGGCCUUCGCCCAGCGCUACAAGGAGGACCURUCCUCGGAGCAGAAGGAGGCCUUGCUGGAGCUGCUCAAGGUCCACAGCCACCCCCAGAUCUCUCUGGAGAUCCGGAGGGAGCUCAUGAACUCCAAGAGCCGGGAUGUGGAGGGGCAGGAGCCGGUGCCCAUGGAGUGAGGGGGAGGCAGGGGCAGCUGCUGCCC